AUGACUGUGAGCAAAGUCUGUGAUGCUCUCAAUGUGGGUGACAUGGAAGAGGACUCUAGUGAGGAUGAUGACUAUUUGGAUGACGAAGACAAUGAUGAAGAUGAUGCGAUGUCAGGAGAUGAUGGGCCUGAUGACAAUAUGACUCUCAAUCAAUAUCAAGUAGAAGCUAGAAGAGAAUCACUAGUUAGAAAAAGCUCUCACACUAUCGAUCCCUCUCAGAAAAAGGGGAGAAUGGAAUCGGUUGAUCCUGGAGUCGGGGUAUUUUGGCCCGGGACACCUCUUCCCGUAUUCUUCGUCUCAUUCGCGUUUAUAAGCCUCUCCUGUACUAGUCCCCUGUUCACUUGGUGCAAUAAUCAAUCUGGUAUAGCCCGUAGAUGGGCUAGACUGGAUCGAUGUCUUGUUAACUUACAGUGGACCAAUAUUUUUCAUACUAAUAACCUUAAGCAUCUUAACCGUGCGUUUUCUGACCACUCUCCUCUUUUUCUCUCUUCUUCCUCCCGUUCUUGUUCUAAGAAAAGCUUGUUUAGGUUUGAGAAUUUCUGGUUAGAUUAUACGGGGUGCCACGAUGCGGUUUAUGAUGCCUGGUAUCAUAACCCUCAGGGUAACCCUAUGCACUCUUUUACUCACCUCCUUUCUCGCACCCGUUUUAAACUCACGCAUUGGCAUCGGCUCGGUGUCAAUAAGCUUGAGUCUUGCUUGUUGGAUACUGAAGCUAAUAUUAGUCGCCUAGAGUUUUCUGAUCUAUCUCCCAAUUCCCAAUCCCUACUUUUGGACCAAUAUGCUAAACUUGCUGCUCUUCAGCGUCAGUCUAGCAACAAAUGGGCUCAACGGGCCCAUUUAGAUUGGGUCAAGAGUGGGGAUACCAAUUCUAAGUUUUUUCAUUCUACCACUCGUCUUCGUUCGUACUUUAAUUCCAUUGCUCAGGUGGCGGAUCUUCAUGGUAACAUUCACUCUGAUCAAUCAAGUAUUGAGCAUGUUUUCCUCAACUUUUAUAAAGAUCUCUGGUCCUCCGGCUCUGAUCGUUCCCCUAAUGUCUUCAACUCCCUUCCGAUUAACCUCCCUCACAUUUCUGACUCUCAGGCCAUCGACCUUAUUCGGGAGGUAACCGCUAAAGAAGUGUAUGAUACUAUUCUUGACCUCCUUUCUGGUAAGUCCCCUGGUCCUGAUGGCCUUAACGUUGAAUUUUUUCGCAAUUUUUGGACGGAGAUUGUUCACUCUAUGGAUAAUGACACCAAGACCCCCCCUAGGAUGCUAAUCAAGUUGGACAUUGAGAAGGCUUAUGAUACUUUGGACUGGAGUGCAAUUCUUGCCGUGCUUUCCAAAAUGAAUUUCCCUACAACUUGGAUCUCUUGGAUUCAGGCAUGUCUCACUUCUAGCUCUUUCUCUCUGGUUAUUAAUGGUAACCCUUCCCCUUGGUUUACUUCUUCCCGUGGUCUUAGGCAAGAUGACCCUAUCUCUUCUUACCUUUUUAUUUUGGUAUCCCAGAUCCUCACCUCUAUGCUUAAUUUUGGCCUCGCUAGUAAUUUAAUUCCAGGUUUCAGCUGUAACCUUUCCUAUAAUUUUAAUCACUCAAUGUAUGCGGAUGAUCUCAUCUUGAUUACUUCGGCCACUCGACAUGCAGCCCGUAACAUCAACCUCUGUUUAGCUAAAUAUUAUCACCUCACUGGACAACAGCCUAACUUAGUCAAGUCCCAAGUCUUUUUCCCUCACUGGUGUAACAAGUUCAUUCAGAAAAGGAUUUGUUCUAUCCUUAACCUUACUUCAGCUUUCUACCCUUUUAAGUAUCUUGGCAUCUUAAUCUCCCCUAAGAAAAUUGUUGUCGCCGCUUUUAGACCUCUGAUUGACAAAAUUAAGCAUACAUGCAAUAGGUGGUCCAACUUUCAUCUCUCUGCUGCAGCUAAAACAAUCUUGAUCAACUCCAGUUUGCUUUCUAUCCCCAUUUACACUCUAUCAGUUUAUCCUAUCCCUGACUCCAUACUUUCCGAGAUCACUAAAGUUGUUAGAAAAUUCUUCUGGAACCGGUAUGGCAAUGGAAAGGGCAUCCAUAAUGUGUGCUGGCAAAUUGUUAAUGAUGGUAAGGCUGAGGAGGGGCUUGGUGUUAGAAAUUUAUCCAUUGCUAAGCACUCCCUGAUGGCUAAGCAUAUAUUUAAGUAUCUUAAUUAUGAUGCUGCCAUUUGGGUGGAUAUCCUGUUGUUGAAAUAUGGCAAGAUUAACUUCUGGAAAGAUCCCGCGCCGGCCAAGUGCUCUUGGUUCUUCCGUGGUCUUUUUAAUUCUGCUGUGCACAUUAAAUCCCAGUGUAGGUUAAUUAGCAUCAAUCCCUCCACAACAUCUUUACUUUGGGAUCCUUGGUGCUUCGAUGUUCCAAUUGCUUUUAAACCUACUUAUGUUAAUGUCAAUGCUAUUGCGGAUGGAGAUUUUUUAUCUUUUUCUAACCUUAUUGUGGAUGACCAGUGGAAUUUUGCUAAUCUCAGCAUGUUGUUCGGUUCUAACAAUGUUUAUAAUGCAGUGAAUUCCUCUUCUAUUGAUUCUGCUUCUACUAAUCAGUGGGCCUAG